AUGACAUUUAUAGUGAUAGAUCCCAAAAACAUCCACAAUUUAUUUCCCAGAGCAAAUGUUUCAAAUCCAAUUAGAAUUAGAAUCGUAGCUCAAGUUUUAGAAUUUAAUUUGUUUGAUACAAAAUUAACUAUACAAAGACUACCAAGUUUAUCCAGUGAUCAAGUAGAGGACGAUCAAGCGGAAUCAGAUAAUGAAUCAGAUGAUUCAAUAAUCAUAAUAGACGAACCAGAAGAGCCAAAACUUAAAGAAGUACAGGAUACUUCAACAACGUUAGAUCUAUCAGAAAUUGAGUCACAAUUAAGUGUAUCAACUUUAACUUCUGGGAAUAUCCUAAACAUAGACGCGUUCUAUGAUGGCCAAGGUAUAAAUGUUUUUCAAAUCAGUGAAAUUGAUCCUAGAAUAGUUAGAUCUGAACGGUUUUUAAGAACUUUGAAAUAUUUAAGUGAUCGAGAGUUGAUGAAACCUAUACGUCAGUGGGAUUAG